AUGGUGCUCUCGCUUGUCGAGCUUGCCACCCUCAAGUUUAUCCAGUUCCCCAUGUUGGUGGAGGACGUGGGGGCGACACCGUUCCAUCUCCUCGUCCCCGUGCUAGAACGAAUGCUGGCGAAGCAACUCCGCUUAAUAGAGCAGAAAUCGCCCCAUAUCACCGAAGACCUGGAACGGAUAUGGCGCCUGCUCAUCCGCAAGGACUUCCCCGACCGGCCCGAGGUGCUGCCGACCCAGCCGUCGCUGCGUAAGCUCUACGAUCAGUACGUGAAAGAUCGAGAACAACUACGCCAACAAAGCGCUAACCGGUUGAGACAAAUGAGUGAGGAAUUGAAAAAUAAGAAGAGUAAAGUGAUUGCUGUGCCUGCGGGAGAGCUCAAAGAGCCUCGCCGUCGCAUUCUGGGAUGGGGCAGGUCGCCACUGGGUGGUGGCUGGGACGGUCCUCGGCGACCGAAAACGAUCUUGGCUCGGGCCAAACGCGAUGUCGCCGAUCGGGGGCUCAUGUUUAAAGUGGCUCCUAAGCCGCCAGCGGCUUCCCCGUUACUGAAAUACCCUCAAGUGGUGGCACCACCAAGAACAAGAACUACCUCAUCUCCCCCGCUGGCAUUAGCCCCAAUUCGACCACAAUCAACUACAAGGUCAACCUCACUGAGACCAGCAGUUACAAGCACUUCCCAGUCUCGCACACGAGGUGAAACGACCACGUCAUCGCCUACACUGAGUCCACCGAUACAACGCCCAUCACCGACAGUACCAGCUGAACGACCACGUAAACGUCCGGCGGCGGCGGCGGCACUGAUAUUCAUGCCGUCUCGUCGGCGACCACCAACGUCAACCGUACCAGUGUCGAGGCCACCAAAACGACCUAAACAACUUGCGGACCCCCCGCCAUCAUCGCCACCCCGGAGGCCAAUUAAGGCUACCCGCAGCUCCAUCUUCAGCUGA